GCAGGAAAUACAUAGAACUGGCUAAUAAUGUUCAACUGUUUUCAGAUAGUUGUUUUUAGUAAAUUUCGAAAAUGGAUUUGCUAUCUGAGGUAGAACUUCCAAGUUUUGUCCCAGACCGCUCAGCUGAAAAUCUUCAAGCACUGCUUUUUGAACCUUCUGAACUGCGAACGGAGCUUAUCGAGUGGUUUUUGGCGCAAGCUGAAGAAGCUCUACGAAUUCCUUUGUUUCCUCAGAACCCAGAAGUUGUAUCCAAGAUAGAGAGACUUAGGCUUGCAUGUGUAAAUUUGCAAGUUUCUCCUGGUCAUCUGAUUUUACCAUUUUUACAGUGCAACUCAGUAGGUCAAUCGACUGAUGUCAGAAUCUGGGAGCAGUUAAUAAUUUUGGCACACUACAGCAGUCAUCGUAAUAGAGGCAACUUUUACAGUGAGGACAGUGCGAAGUUGAUUGAUCAGGUCUUGAAGCAAGAUGGCUUCAGUAAACUCAGAAGGGCUGAGGUCAAUUUUGAGCCGUUUUUUGGCGGAGGAUCGAAAAAGGCUGACAAAAACAACGAUAUGAAUCGUUCUAAUUCGAGUCUCAAUGGACGAACGUGUGACGAAAUAAUGAAACUUGCAAAGCAUCAAGAGGAAGAGUUGAGACAAAAGGUAGCCGCUCUGAAAAUACAUAACCAGUCAUCGGAUUUCGAAGAAAGAAAUGUCGAGUCCCUGGUUGAAAACAUGACAUCUCAUUUUGAUAAAUUAACAAAACAAAUUGAAACUUUGACCAAAAACGUAGAGCAAUUUCAUCUACAAUAUGGUAACAGUGAAAGCAUUCAGAAGAAACAGCCGAAGCAAAAUAGAGCCUUCUCAAAAUUGGGACCAACUGCGUUGACGCUUUCAAAAAUGCAACAGUCCUUGAAAAAGCAGUUGGAGCUCAAUCGAAGAUUAGAGUCUACAGUAGGCAUUGUGAAUGAGAAGUUUUCGCUACAAGAAGAAUCUUUCACUGAUUAGUUUGAUAUUGUCAAAAAAUUAAUUGAAUUUGAAUUGAUUUUGUUACUUGUUGAAGAUUGUAGUCUGAUGGCUAGGGAGCGGAAAAAAAGUUAAUUUUUGGUCGUAUAAAGUA